AUGGCGUCCCAAACCCCAGCCGUUGUCAUGGACAACGGAACUGGCUAUUCCAAGCUUGGUUUCGCCGGUAACGACUCCCCCUCAUUUGUGUUUCCGACUGCAAUUGCAACUAGGGCUGCUGGAAGUGCCGGGAGCUCCGGGGGCCGGCCCCCAGUCGCAAACAAGCCCUCAUUCCUAGGUACUGGCGGGGGUAGCUCCAACCUGUCUGCAAAGCGUGGCACUGAAGACCUGGAUUUCUUUAUCGGCGAUGAAGCGCUGGCUGCGGGCAAUGGCCCAGGAUAUGGCGUUAAUUACCCGAUCAGGCAUGGACAGAUUGAGAACUGGGACCACAUGGAACGAUUCUGGUCGAACUCGAUCUUCAAAUAUCUACGCGUGGAGCCCGAGGACCACUACUUCCUACUCACCGAACCUCCUCUGAACCCUCCCGAGAACCGCGAGAACACCGCCGAAAUCAUGUUCGAGUCGUUCAACUGCGCCGGUCUGUACAUUGCUGUGCAAGCAGUUCUCGCCCUUGCCGCAUCAUGGACAUCCUCCAAGGUGACAGACCGAUCCCUUACCGGAACCGUCAUCGACUCGGGUGACGGUGUUACCCACGUUAUCCCCGUCGCCGAGGGCUACGUCAUCGGGUCCUCCAUCAAGAGUAUCCCGAUUGCUGGACGAGACAUCACAUAUUUCGUGCAGAGCUUGCUACGUGACCGUGGCGAGCCUGACAGCAGCUUGAAGACAGCAGAGAAAGUGAAGGAGGAGUACUGUUACGUCAGCCCCGAUAUUGUCAAGGAGUUCGCACGUUACGACCGCGAGCCAGAUCGCUUCCUGAAGCACACCGUCACUGCGCCAAACGGGCGAAGUGUAAACAUUGACAUUGGAUAUGAACGUUUCCUCGCUCCGGAGAUUUUCUUCAACCCUGAAAUCUACUCGUCCGACUUCCUCACCCCGCUCCCCAAUGUUGUUGACGGCGUCAUCCAGUCCUCCCCGAUUGACGUCCGGAGAGGUCUCUAUAAGAACAUUGUGCUCUCUGGUGGUUCUACUCUGUACAAGGACUUUGGUCGUCGUCUACAGCGUGACAUUCGUCACUUGGUUGAUGCACGAAUUCGUGCCUCCGAGGCUCGUAGCGGUGGCGCACGGAGUGGUGGUCUCGAUGUUGCUGUUGUCACCCACAAGCGCCAGCGCCACGGCCCCUGGUUCGGAGGUAGUCUGCUGGGCCAGACGCCUGAGUUCCGGAGCUACUGCCACACUAAGGCGGAGUAUGACGAGAUAGGUCCCAGCAUUGUGCGGCGAUUCGCGCUGCUUGGUGGCCCAGGAAGCUCGUAG